GUUAUAUGGGUGAUAGACUCGCUACCUUUUUUAGUGAAGACUUAACCUAUAUAACUCAAGCUGAAAUCUGAAUCAUAUGCAUUCCAAAGUACGGAUCAAAGGCGCAUAAUUGACGUUCAAGGUCAUGGGUCCAAUUUACCAUGCUUUGAAGUCGAUUAUUUUAGAUUUCUUUGGUCGAGCCAAGCCUUUUGCAUUAGCUGCAGAUACGGCAACGUUAUACCGCUCACCUUUUUUUGGAUCACUUAAAUUAUGGGAAGACUCAAUUUACUUCGCUGUGCCUAAGAAACGUAGGACUGCAGAACUACGGCGAAUACGAAAAUUUCUCUCCUUAAGAUCGGGAGAUUACAAACCUAGAGACGAUUUGACACCAUGUAAAUUCUGUGGUUACCUAAACCCUCGAAACUUUCUAUGCACCAACUGUUAUAGUAAAGUACGUGAGGAAACUAACUUUUUACGUUCCCUUAUCAAUGGUCAACUUCCAAGUGAUCACGAAGUGAAAUUUAUUUAUAAUGAUGAUAACAGCACUAACGCAUCUGUUAGCGAUGCAGAAGUCAAAGUCCCUGGUCCUAGACCUUCGUGGUUCCCAUCUAUUCUACAGGAAACAAAGUCUCCAGGUGGUGAGAAUUCAUAACGUUGUUGUACAUUGUUUCAUGCGCUCCUAGAUGGCAGUUUAUAAAUACACAAUCAUACCUCCUAUUGUUUUCUUGUUUGUACUGUUGCUUUAUACACUAUCUAAGCAUCCUAGUUAGAUUUACCCUCCUCAAUUACCCAGUAUUAGUUUCUAUGCUUAUUGGCACACAAUGCUGAAGUCAAAAUUGAUAUUAUGG